UCCCCGCAGGGCCUGAUGGAGCCCUGGUCUGGCCCUGGAGCAGGCUCGGCUUGUCUAAAAUGGCCACCUGCCUCAUUCCCUGGGCUUGGCCCUGGUGCUCUUCCCAUCUGGGCUCCCCGGAGCAGCCCCUUGGUCAACCAGGUCUGCACCCAAACCUCUGGUGGGCCUCAGGGACUGGGGCAGGUGGAGCUGGAGACAGUUAAUCUGGCUGCAGCAUCCGUGGGGCAGCCCAGGGAUGGCAGGGUGCUGGCUGGGCUGGCAGCUAGCAAAAAGUGUUCCUUGCUGUGGUAUAAGCAGAUCUGUGCUCCUGUGUGGGGCAGAGCAGGCCUGGUGGGUCACUAAAGCCCCUCUUAAGGCUAUGGGGCUGUGUCCCCAGCUCUGGACUCUGCCUGCAGACAGCUGGGAAGUGGGGGUGCUGGUUGAAGCCCCCCACUCUGGCACAUAUUUCCUUGCUGCCUGAUAAAUGGGCUGCCCUCCCCAUAGGGGUGCUGGAGCAGUGGGCUCCAGGCAGCUGUUGUUUGCUGCGUUUUCAUACCUGUUGCUUGGGAAGUGGAACGGAGUCCUUGAACACUCCUCUGUUGCCUGGUGUGUGUACUGGAGGGGCUGCUCCAAGGACACCUGUGCUCCCCCAUCCCUCCAGGUUUUGAGACUCUGGACCAGGCCAUCUUCUCCCACAGCCAUGGCACCCACGCUUGCCACCGCCCACCGCCGGCGCUGGUGGAUGGCCUUCACUGCCAUCAUCGAGAACCUGCUCUUCUCUGCUGUCCUGCUGGGCUGGGGAUCCCUCCUCAUCAUGCUGAAAGCAGAAGGGUUUUAUUCCUACCUGUGCUACGAGUCAGAAAACACCACCAGCAGCCCUGAGCAGGAGAACAGCACAGCUUCGGAGCACAAAUGGCCUUCCUGCAACGCCCAGGAUGAAAUGCUGAACUUGGCCUUCACCAUCGGGUCCUUCCUGCUCAGCGCCAUCACGCUGCCCCUGGGCAUCGUCAUGGACAAGUACGGCCCCCGCAAGCUGCGGCUGCUGGGCAGUGCCUGCUUUGCUGUGUCCUGCGUGCUGAUCGCGUACGGUGCCAGCAACCCUGACUCUCUGUCUGUGCUGAUAUUCAUUGCCCUGGCUCUGAAUGGCUUUGGUGGGAUGUGCAUGACCUUCACGUCACUGACGCUGCCCAACAUGUUUGGUGACCUGCGUUCCACGUUCAUUGCUCUGAUGAUUGGCUCCUAUGCUUCCUCUGCCGUGACUUUUCCAGGAAUUAAGGUUAUAUAUGACUUUGGGGUCUCCUUCAUCCUUAUUCUGCUUGUCUGGGCAAGCUGUGCAGGCCUAGUUUUCCUCAACUGUUUCUUCAAUUGGCCACUGGAGCCUUUCCCAGGACCAGAAGACAUGGACUAUUCGGUGAAAAUAAAGUUCAGCUGGCUGGGAUUUGACCACAAAAUCACUGGGAAGCAGUUUUAUAAGCAAGUGACGACUGUGGGGCGCCGUCUCAGUGUGGGGAGCUCCAUGAAGGGCCCCAAGGAGCCGACAGCUUUGCAAGAGAACAACAAGCUGUGUCUGUCUACGGUGGACCUAGAAGUGAAGUGCCAGCCUGACAACACAGCUUCUCCAUCCUUCAUGAAGAGUGUCUUCAGUCCUAUCUUGUUGCUCAGCCUUAUCACCAUGUGUGUCACUCAGCUGAGGCUCAUCUUCUACAUGGGAGCCAUGAAUACCAUCCUGGAGUUUCUGUCUGGAGAUAAAGAUCAAGUGGCUCUCUACACUUCCAUUUUUGGGGUACUGCAGCUGCUGUGCUUGCUGACAGCACCUGUGAUCGGGUACAUCAUGGACUGGCGGAUGAAGGAGUGCGACGAUGGCGCGGAGGAGGCGGAGAGCGGCGCUGAGCGAAGUGACAAGAAAAAGAAAAAGCGGGAUCGUCAGAUCCAGAAAAUCACCAAUGCCACCAAUGCCUUUGCAUUCACAAAUGUUCUGCUGGUUGGAUUUGGAGUCACCUGUCUUAUCCCUAACCUCCCAUUGCAGAUUCUUUCCUUCAUUUUGCACACAAUUGUGAGAGGAUUCAUCCACUCAGCUGUGGGAGGCCUCUAUGCAGCUGUAUACCCCUCCACUCAGUUUGGCAGCUUGACAGGGUUGCAGUCGUUGAUCAGUGCCCUCUUUGCCCUCCUGCAGCAGCCUCUCUUCAUGGCAUUGACAGGACCUUUGGAAGGAGACCCUCUCUGGGUGAACGUUGGCUUGCUUGGUGUGAGCUUCCUGGGUUUCUGCCUUCCAAUCUACCUGGUCUGCUACAGACGCAGGCUAGAGAGGGAAAAAAACCAGAAGAUGGAGGAUGCCAAACUUUUCCUCAAAAUUAAUGGCACUCCCAAUGAGGAAGCCUUUGUUUAAACUGGUGCUUCAAGUAGAACCUCCCCUGUACAGGUUCCUACCACAUCCAUGGGUUCUACCUGUGGUGUAAGCCAGGCUUUUUCUCUCCUGGCUCUGCCAGUCUUUGCUCCUCACUGGAGUGAGGGCUGGACAUCAUGACCGAGCUUUCCUCAGAUGGAUGGCAGGAGGAGACUUCCCACUCCUCACUCCAGAACACGGGACACUUUUCCUUUUUAUAAAGGCCACACAGAUAUUUUGUCUUAAAAGCUCCCCUGAUCACACUCUACAGUGGCAGAAUCUCUGCUCAGAAAAUUGGGGAGAGAAGGAAUAGAGGGAUGGGGGAAGAGGGAAGAAAGCCCAUAAUUGGAGUUUUCAAACCUAACACACUGAAGUCUGUUUUCUCCCCCUCUUCCCCCAGCCUUGGCUGACAUUGGCUGGGAUGCAAGCUGCACUCUCCUCCCUCCCUGAGGCUCCAUAAUGGUCUUUCUGCUUGACAUGCAGGUGGACCCAGUGAUUUUAACUGUCUCUCCAGACCUACCCCAGCCUGUUUCUGAGGCAGGGAAGGUGAUUUUAUUCCUAUGUGUAUGAGCACAGCUUCAGUGUAUUGCUAAAUGUUGGCUGCUAGCACUGACAGCUCUCAAUCCUUUUACUGCAAAUGACACAGACUGUGAGCAAUGGAUCUGCCUUCCACACUGAAAUCAAGAGCCCAGUGGACUGCUUGGUCCUAGACUAAGCCUUCAGAGGCCUGGAAUUCUUCACAGCCUGCAAACCACAUUUGUGUUUUAAACUGUCUGCAGUCCUGGAACCUUUGAGAUAGGAAUUGGAUCUUGUUUACCAAUGAAGUGCUUUGAGACUUGUUGCCUUUUGCCUCUUCUUCCCUCUGACAUGACCCUGGGAGGGGAGCAGCAGUGUGUAUUUAGUAAAGUGGAGAAGGUUCUUGAAGCUGAACUCUGGGGCUCCAAACACCUUGGUGUUCACAUGGCAUGAGCUGACUUGCUGUUGAAAAGAAUCAAGAGUGCAGAACACUCCUUUGUGUCUGGUAACUGGAUCCUGUGGACAUGCAGCAGGGUGAUGUUAUUCUUCCUCUAGCAGUAGCUUCUUUACCUUGUUCUGGUGAUUGCCCCCAGGCUGCUGAGCACCAGGUGACUGUGACUGACCAAAAAGCUGCCAGUUUGGCUGCAUUAAGAGCCUUCUAUGAUGUCAAUGCUCUGUCUGGACAGAGCAUGUGGUGAUUGAUUGUAUGGUGAGGCUGACUUAGAGCAAUACGUGUGUGCAAAGGUGCCCCAGGCCUGUUGACCAUGGAGGGAAUGAAUACAAAGGGAAUUCUUCACCUGCUUAUUUUUAAAGUGAUUUUUCCAAAGUUUUGUCCAAAGUUGACCUUCCUGCCCUUCACCUGCUUGUUGAGGUUGGUGGCUCAGGCUCUCUAGCCUUGUGGCUAGUGGUAGCCAUUGCCCCAGGUGGACCUGCUGGGAGCUGGGCUGCAGUGGUGAGGAGGGUCAGCAGUGGUGAGGAGGGUCAGCAGUGGUGAGGAGGGUCAGCAGUGGUGAGGAGGGUCAGCAGUGGUGAGGAGGGUCAGCAGUGGUGAGGAGGGUCAGCACUGGUGGAUGUGCAGGAGCAUCCAUCUGGGGCUGGGCUGGUGGCUGCAGGAGGUUGGGGGCAGAAAUCAAAGGUAGGAAGAUGCAGUGGUGGUUCUGUCUGCACUGCCAGCUCCUGCAAAGCCUGGCAGAGGUCAGGUCAGUCAACUUCCUUGGUCAGAAAAGUACAAGACUCUCUCCUGUUAGGUCUCAGCUGGAGAUUAAAAACCACAGCGCAGUCAGACCUUUCUGUGAGAAAUGACCUGGAAAGUGGGUGUUAACUCCCUUGCUGGAGCAUGUGGCUGUCACCUUCCCUGAGCAGCACGGGGUGCCCCGGGCAGGACAGCCCUGCAUCCCUCCUGGCCGCGGCAGCUCGGUGGGACAGCAGCGCCAUCUCGAGUCGCUGCCUCCUGCUCCACUCUGCGGUACCUUCUAGUCUUGUUUCAAAAAUGACACUUGAGAGUAUUUUACACAUUUGUGGAUUUUUUUAAUGUCUUGCCUUUAUUAAAUGUGUUUAUUCCAAGACAGCCUUCUCACCUGCUGUCAACACUUGACUCUUCUAGAAGUCCUUGGCUUGUGUUGGUGUCUAGCUUUUGAUUUAGUGACCUUCCCAGCUUUUAUUUCUUUUGUGUUGAGCAAUAAGAAAGGGGGUGGAGUUUUGAUUAAUUUUCUUGUUCACCUGGCCUUGUCUGAAGUACACCCUGGAAACCCACCAGCAGUAGUACUGCUUGCCUAUAUUUCCAGAGGGCUUUCUGCACAUUUCUGCAUUUCACAUCACUAUAAUGACUCCUGAAUCCUUUGAGAAUAUUCCUACUCUUGCUUGGAGAUAUUUGUGACAUAAUAUUGAUGGACUAAGGGUUUUUUUAUUUCUUUUAGUAAAAGCUCAGGCAGGUUGUGUCUGAGUCAGUCCUCAGAUUCACACUAUCUUAAAAUAGAGACAGCUGUUGGAAGGUGUCAGUGUGCUAACUCAGCAUUGCUUCCCCCUCAGUUUCAGAACACUGAGCCAGAUAGCUUCCACUCUGAUGUCACUGGAAUUCUUGAUCUAAAUGUCUUUGCAAAGUGACUGAACACAGAGUAGUCCAUGUUCACGAAGUAGCAGUGGAGAUGCUGCUGCCCUUGGAGUAUGUGCAGCUCAGUUAAACAAAACACCCUUUUAUUCCUGCCAUCUACCUCUGUCCUGCAGUUCCCCCCUCCUGCCCUUUAUUAGGAAUAUAAGUUUCACCUGGUAAAGUGGUGGAUCUAUGUGCACACUGUCUCUGCUGAUGUGCCCUGGUGUUCAGAAGCUGCUGGUCAGCUGUGAGGAAGAGACUUCAUGCCUUUGGGUCACAGUUUCAGGCUCUGUUUGCAGCUCGAGGGUUAAGUUAGGUUAGGUGUGCCUUUGGCUUGCAAUCCCCAGGGGUGGUGGGGAGACAAUGAAGUUUUGGGUUUUUGGGGUAAACAGGAGUGCUUUCUCAUGCAGCACCAUGUCAGCUUGUGGGAAACAGAGGUAUAACUUUUUUUUUUUUAAAGGAGCUGGUUAAACAAUGGUCUGAUGCAUCCACUAACUCAGGGAGAAUUUAAGUUGCUGUAAAUAAGGAAGUUAUGCCAAGGAAAGAUUGCUUUUCUACAACUGGUCAAAGAUGGAGAAAUUACAUGCUGGGCUGGGUGAAAGACUGAUCUUGUGGGGUUUAAUUUACUCUGACUGUUGUGAACCAAACUCAUUUAAAAAUUUGUCUCUACUUUAUCAAUCAGAAAACUGUCCCUGCAUGCAAGAUGUGCAAGUACUGUACUGAGUGUGGCAGAACUGCUUAAAGGCUGCAGCUCCUGGGGGAGGGAGUUCUGGCUUCAGCCUCUGGAGAUGUUGUCUUGCACAGUGCAGAAACACACACUGUUGGGAUGGUCCUGCUCUGUGUGAUUGUCUGUGGGCAGCUUGCUUCAUUCUUUGAUGCUUGUGGAAAUGUAGUUGUAGAUUGUUUACAUUUAGAGUGGAAAAACAGCAUCACUGCUUUGUAGCCAAGUGAUGCAGGACCAAGCAAUCUCCUGAUGCACCCUCCUGUGUGCAGGAGCCACCCUGUGGAAAAAUAAAUGGGCUACCAAAGAGCAAAGUCACGUCUGUGUAAAUAAUGCAUUUGCCUGUAGGGCUCAAAUACAGGUCAGUGUGUUUCACUGCUUUCAGAAUUCCUGAAUGCUACAAUUCGUAGAGUUGUUGUGGUUUUUUAUGCCCAGUGUACCUCCAUACCCUCCUCCAUGUAAGGAGGACAAGGAGGUUGGUCAUGGGAAGGACCUCAUCUCCUCCUUAGAAGCUUCAUCCCCAACAGAAUGAAGCAGAAACCUGAGCUGAGAGGCCUUGCUGCUUGUGGGAGAGCUCAGAGCCAGGGGUGUUGCUGUGUGAAGGUGGUUGCACCUUCUGUAGAGCAGUGCUUCCAGACCUUCAUGUGUUUGAUAUGCAUCUACGUUUAAAAAAACAACCCAAAACCAUAAAAAAUUAAAUUAUCAGAGUGGAGAGGGAUUACAGCUUUUUCCUCCACUAAUAUGUCAGCACCUAAACCCUAUGGACACAUUUUCAUAGCACUAAUGCCAAGAUGCUAUCAAGUAACAAAAUCUGUGCUGCUUCGCUGAACAGGACACCUAUAACUUUAUUCAGUCACAGUGACUGGAUCCUUGAGAUAAAACUGGAGACGUGUCUGCAAAACAAAGAGCAAAUCUUGCUGAGACUCCGAUUUAACUGCAGUGCUGCCACAGCCAGUGAAAUGUUUUAACUCCCACAACAAAGCCUGGACUCUUCGUGCUCUGUCUACAAAGGAAAAUUGUAGGAUAAUGAGAUUUUAAUGAAGACAUGUUUUAAAUGGGGAGAUUUCCUUCUUGCUAGGCUCAUGAAUUUGGAAAAUAGGCCACAAAAUGUAAAGCAGAUAAUGUAGGGUAAAAAGAGUGAAAUCUUUAAACUGCAGACUUUGUUAAUUUUUUUCUUUGAGUCUUUGCAUAUGCAGAGCAUUUGGUAUUCCCUGCAUCCCAGUUUAGAAGUGCAAAGUACUCAUAAUGGAAACCAGAAUCACAGGAGGAUUUGUGAUGGGAAGCCACUUCUGAUUUAUAUUUCCCAACGUUAUCUUCUUUGGAACAACAGUAACAAUGCUGUGCUUUGUGGUUGCAUUCUUACAUGUUAAUGAUGAACCCUACAGGUCCUUGUUUUUCUACCUGUGCUGCCCAGCCUGUCUCUGUGUAAUCUGUUUUAUCAAGUGUCCUGUGGUCCAUGUUGUCAUCCUUCCUACUGCUGCUUGUCACUUCCUCGUGCCUGACCCUCUGUCACUUGCUUCCUUAGUCCUGGGACAAUCCCUUUUUUUUUCAGAAAAGUCCCCUCUUCCUCACCUGACAGCAUUAGCCUCCCCCACUGCCUCCUGUCCACAGAAUUUUUUGUGGUGUUUGUCAAAGUUGAAUUGUAAGCUCCUUGGGGCAGGCCUGUGUCAUCUCCUCUGUGUGUGUAAGGUGAUGUGCAUUCUUGCAGUACUAUCUAAAAAUAAACGUGGUAUGGAGUUAAUAA